AUGAUACAAACACAAUCUUUUUUGCAUCGAGAGGGACGCGCUCCGUUACUCACCAGCGUUAGGGGAGCGUCAUUGGAGACGGCAGAGGAUGAUGAUGACGACGACAAUGAGGGACAGGAAGUGCCGCAAGAACUGGUAAAUGAGCAGGUGAUACAUGCUGGCUUCCUAUUAAAGCGCAGUGAGAAGCGCAAAACGUGGAAACGGCGUUGGGUUGUGCUUCGUGCGUCUCAAUUGGCCUUGUACAGAAACGAGAAAGAGUAUUUGCUUUUGAACGUGCUGAAUGUAAGUCAAAUGCAAGCGUUCACAGCGAUGGAAAUGAAGCGCGUAGACUUCGUUAUCUGCAUUAUGGCGCCUGAGCGUACUUGGUACUUUCGCGCGUGCGAUCAACAAGACAUGACAGCGUGGCUCGAUGCCCUGGCUCUUGCGCGUGGCAAAGUGUCUGGAGACGCUGUUGUGUCAUCUAACGUGCAAGAUACGAGCGCUGCUGCCCUUUUGCCGCCCCCCAUUGUGGAGCCUACGCCCGUAACAGCCCAUGCAUUCAGCAGCUCCGAUGAUGAAAAUGAUGCGGAUGAAGAACCGGUGCAUUGGGCACCGCAUGAUACCAUGCCAACCGCACCACCACCAGAAGAUGGUAGCCGAGUUAUUGCGCAGGGCUACUUGCUCAAGCUAGGCAGUCGGCGCAAGCAAUGGCGAAAGCGCUGGUUUGUUUUAACGUUUGAUACGCUUUGUUAUGCACGCACGCAUAUGGAUGUGCGCCCGCAUCGCACUAUACCCACGACCGCCAUUUUUGAUGCGAUGGAAAGUACUAUGCCGAGUUCCUGUGCACCGAUGCUGUCGCUCUCGCCUGGCUCGAUCGCUCGCCUGGGCUUUGGGGCAGAAGUGAGAUCGCGCUCUCCGCUGGAGCCACAAAGCCGAGCGCCAUCGUACUACUUCCAAAUUGUGACAGCUACCCGUACGUUUCAGCUUUGUGUGCCAACAGAGGAGGACGAAAUUCGGUGGCUUAGUGCACUCCAAACCCUGCUCAACCGGCAACGGCGAUCGGCCAAGUGA